CCCCGGCCGGCCGAGCGGCCCCCCCGCCAUGGGUCGGAAGCGCUGCGUGGGGGGAGACGGCUCCAAGAUGGCGGCGGGUUGCUGCGGGGUGAAGAAGCAGAAACUCUCCAGCUCCCCUCCGUCGGGCUCGGCCGGCCCGGGCGGCUCCCACUGCGGCGGGGCGGCGGCAGCGGGGGGCGGCGGCGGCUGCGAGCCGGGGUCGCUCCCCGCGCCGGGCAGCAGCGCCCGCCUCAACGGCCUCGGGGGGCUGGCGGGGGGCGCCGCCGGCUGCGCCCUGGCUCCGCCGCUGCCGCCCAGCUGCGGCGGGGGCCCCGGCGGCCUCUCCAGCCCGGCCGCAGCCGCGCUCCUCUCCUCGCCCGGGGCCGGGCCCGGCGGCUGCAGGAAGAUGGUGGUGUCGGCCGAGAUGUGCUGCUUCUGCUUCGACGUGCUCUACUGUCACCUGUACGGCUACCAGCCCCCGCGGAGCCCCCGCUUCACCAACGACCCGUACCCACUCUUUGUAACGUGGAAAAUUGGUCGAGACAAACGAUUACGUGGAUGUAUAGGUACCUUUUCUGCCAUGAACCUGCAUUCAGGACUCAGGGAGUACACGCUUACUAGUGCCCUUAAAGAUAGCCGAUUCCCCCCAAUGACGAGGGAUGAGCUGCCACGACUUUUCUGCUCAGUGUCUCUACUAACUAAUUUUGAAGAUGUCUGUGAUUACAUGGACUGGGAGGUGGGUGUGCAUGGCAUUAGAAUAGAAUUCAUCAAUGAAAAAGGAUCAAAACGCACCGCCACCUACUUACCGGAGGUUGCAAAGGAGCAAGGAUGGGACCAUAUUCAGACCAUAGAUUCCUUAUUGAGGAAAGGAGGCUAUAAAGCUCCAAUUACAAAUGAUUUCAGGAAAACUAUAAAACUGACCAGGUACCGUAGUGAGAAGAUGACCAUGAGCUACACGGAAUACCUUGCCCACCGCCAGCAUCAUCACUUCCAGAAUGGCAUUGGGCACCCCCUUCCACCAUACAACCAUUAUUCCUGACACUGAGCCGCAUGACCAGUCCCUGGACCUCUCAGCAGACCUCUUCCCAGGAGACCCCGCCCCCUCUUGGUCUAGCUAUCUCUAUUACUGUACCAUUUUAUGAUGAUAGUUUCCGUUGCCAUGACGACGCUUCUCCAUGGUUGGUUAAGUUCAUCAUGGCAACGGGUGGAAACGCUACAUCAUGACAAAGAGCCCUUCAUUCUUUUUUUUUCUGUUUUUAAUUAUCGACUCACUGUGGGUUUUUAAAUUUUAAUUAAUUUGCAACUCAUAGAACUCAUGGGAUUUUUUUAAUACAUACAAUUUUAAAUUUCUACUUCAUGAACAUUUGAAUUAUAUCAAUCAAGGUUUUCUGUGAGACUGUGGAUGAAAGGAAAGAAGGGACUGGACUACUGAACAAAGCAUUGAAAGCUUUUCAUAAAAUAAAACAUAUCAGAUUUAGAGAAGGAGGAGGUCUGAGUAGAGCUAGCCAUGCAGUUCCUUCGUAGUUCCACAAAACAAGUAAAAAGUCAUUAUGUAGGGAGAUGCUUGAGCCUUCAGUCCUAUCCUGCUAGGCACAGGACGGACCAUGAUAGGUGAAUUGUAUUGAUGAGUAGAAGAAACAGCUACAAUUAUUUGGCCUGAGAGGCUGAUCAUAGGAAGAAUUUCAUUGCAAACCAAGGUCAGGGUCCUUGUUCCACUGGCUUGGGCAGGAUGUUUCCCAUAGAACCAGCGGAACUAAAACCUCACCCCAAGUGCCUGAUCUGGGAAGGGAAGGAGCAUCCUUUUCACGCCUUCACGUCCCGUGGGACUGAAGAGUGUGACGUCUCCUUCUCUGGAUCAGACUACAGCUGGAGGGCACAAUCCAUCACCCUGCUGUUCCGCACGGCUCUCGUUUUCAUCAGGGGGCUUGCGCAUGAGUAGGAUUGGACUGAUUUGCACCAAUAAGGUUUUGCUCCAAGCACCAAUGCCUUUCUGAGGCUUCUGAGAAGGGAGUUGCUCUCGUAGCCAAAAUGACUGGCUUGUAGCAGCUGUUAUGUGAUGAGGUCAGUGGAUUUAGGUAUUAGUGCCUUUGACUAAAACGAAAGAUUCCUAAUUAAAAAAAAAAUCAUAGGAAGAUCUGCAUGGCAGCAAAAACAUGAGAAGUCUCCGCCCAAUUCUAGUCUCUGCUGAGAACUAAUGGGGAAAUGGGGCUUUUUUUUCCCUUUUCUUUUUUUAGAAUAGAACGCAGCAGCUUUCUUUUUGCCCAUUUUUUAUUGCAUUACAUUUAGCCCAGUUGAAUUAAUUUGCUGUUUUAAGAAAUAGUGGUAGUGGUGAUAUGGUUGGCUUUCCAAUAUUGUCUGUUACAUAGAUAUAGUACUGAGCAGAAGGAUCAGCACUCUGAAAUGGGCUGGCUUUCUGGCCUGUGGAUAGGCAGUGGAGUGAGAUAUUGUCCUGAUCAGAUCCUCUUAACUGCUCUAAUAAAUAGGCUUCUGAGAGUGAGGGGGUUAUUCACGCCACUGGACUCCCCUUCUUUUCUGGGCUUCUGAAAGUCCUCAUCACCUCACGGCAGUGAAGCGCAUGCUCAAGAGGAUAGUAAAUCUUGUCCUUCAAUUAAAAGACCUCCUUCACUUAGGAUGAGCCAAAUAUGUUUGGCCGAAGUCCCAGCAGAGAGGUGUGGCGCUUAUGCGCAAACACAGAAGUGAAUCAAUUGUGCUGAUCCAUACCUUCUCAAAAAUGGCAAGCAGCUAGUUAAGAUUUCUCCACAACUUUUCUGUUUCAAGAGGUAACUGGAUGUACACUCGCUGCUUGUACAUGCAGGCGGGCAGAGCUGGUUCUCACAGGAAUCACUGUCAUUUCCUUCAUCCACAGCAUUUAGAUGUCCAAAUAUUAACUUUCUGUUUUGAUGCCUUAAUCUUAAAUGAACAGAACGCCUGAAAAUACAAGUAGCCAACAAAUGUCUGGUAGACAUUUGGGGGGGGGGCGGGUUGGGGGCGGAGAAAGAACCAGCCAUAGCUUCUAUUGAAGCUGUUCAGUAUGUUAUGUUUCCACUUGGAAGGUUGGAAAGUGGAUUCGCCUUGAAGCAAAAGCUGCCAACCAGUGGCUACCUGAUGGCAGCUUUUCAUUUUUGCCCUUAAAGGGGGAAACUUGAGCACAAGCUGAAAAACAAAUUCUUUGCUGCAGACAUUUUGUUUUUGCGAGGGGGAGGGGGGAAUCAGCUAUGGCCACCCGGUCUGGUAUUCUCCAUUAUCUCAUUACAGCUGUGCUUCUGGGUGAGUUCAUUGUUAGAAGUUUUUUUUUUAAAAAAAGAUCUAUUAUAUAUAUAAAUAUAUGUGUAUUUAAAGGUGCUAAUCAGCCUUGAGCAGGUCACGUGACUGGUCAUGCGGACUCUAAAAAUCAUAUCAAGAAUUUUUUUAAAAAUCUUCAAUAUAUGCAGAUGUUAUACAGAAUUUCUUACCAGUGUAAUAAUGAUAUACUGAUUAAAUAAAAUAUCCUGCAGGGUUUGAAGGACGAGGUCAGCAAUACUUCCCAUCGUGGCUUGGGGGAGGGAAAAAAAGGAUCAUUUUGUCUCCUUUUUGUACACAACAUAAUGCACAAUGCGUUUUUGUCUAUCUCUCAGUAGCUGUUGCUUUGGGGUGGGGGGGAACACAAUAGUUCAGAGGGGUUAUACAAACUGGAAAGGUGUGCUUUAAAAAAAAAUCUGAAAACCCUCCAGACCCUUCUGAACCUGUUUUGCAUGCUCAUUUAUAAAGAGCUCUUCUUGAUUAUGUUAUGAGACAGGAGCUGUGGACAGACGCUUCAGGGGUCUGAGGUUUUUUGUUUUUGUUUGUUUGUUAACAUAUGUAGCUGAAUCAGUUUCUCAGUGACAUGUUUUUCCUGGCACCUACCUCUCAGUAUGGAAGUGCCGUCAACCCUGAAAGGAUUAUGUUUCUUAUGUAAUUUGUCAGCUUAUUUGUACACCGGAACAUAGCAGGUCUGUUUAUCCAAAUCAAGAAAUGAGGUUUUGAAAAGAAUAGAGAGAGCCAUUUGUGUGUGUAAGCAGGCAAAUUUAAACUUCAGGCCUUUCAUAAUAGUUUGAAACACAAGACAGACUCUCAUUUUCCUCCUCUUGAUUGCUAAGCUUUGGACAAGCAUGGAUCAGUUUUUUGCCUUAUUUCAUUCCAAAAGGCGCUUCAGUUCUAGCUUUAAAGUUUGUUUUCUGCUCCCAUGUGGCAAGGCCAGUGGCAAAACAAGUCUCUCCGGCUGAGCGAGAGGAGAGCAUGUCCGCUAAGCCUCCCAGUCGCGGGAGUUCCGCGCAGUGCUGUGUGUUGCGCUUGCACCACCUUGCUGUGGGGCUGCGUUAGGGGGUGGGAGGGGUGCCUGGACCCGCCAUGUGGGCGGAGAGCAGUUGGCCGGGCCCCAGCGCAGCCUGGCGUUGGUCUCUUACCCUCUUCACUUGUCUUCAACUGUGCCGGGGAUUGAAACUGUCAUCUGGAGUAGAUGACAUCUCUUGUGUGUUGGAUCGAACCAAAGAAGCCUCCAGCCAAGCCCACAUGCUGCUGCUGAAAAGCCUGCCUUCCAAUCCUUCCAAAGUCUCUGCAGGAUGAAAUGGGUUAACUUUUUUAUUUUUGUACAGUUUCUAACUGAUUUUUGCUAGUGAUGUUAAUUGAAUUAAGUUUGAGGAGCCGAUGCAAACUCCUCCAUUGAAAUAAAAACUGGUGACUUUUAUGUUUAAAUAAAAUAAUAUAGAAACCCAAAGUGUGCCUCUCAGAUUUUAAAGGGUUUCUGGUUACAUUUAUUAAGACCAGCAAUGAUUCUUUAUAUACAAAGAUAUGUUUUUCUUGUUUUUUAUUACUGUUUCAGAAGAAAAAAAAAAUACUUCCUUUGCUCUGGAUCCAGUAACUGUGCUGGUACAUGAAAUGCACUGAGAAAAACAAACUUUUGUAACAACUUAUGACUGUUUUUGUAUAUCCAAGUUGAUUCUUUUCAAAAAGAUUGGGAUCUAGUUUCUAAGUUAUUUUAGUGUUUUAUAUGUUACAAAAAAAAAAAAAAGUUCACCAGCAUAAUAAGUUAUCUUCAAUGCAAAGGUGACACAGAACUGGGCCGCCAGCUACCUGGUGUAGUUUCGAGGCCCCUAUUUUCCCCCCCUUAUUUAGUAACUUGACUGUUGAUUACAGUUUUAACACAGAUUACCACAACCCCACCCAUUAAAACUAGAUCCUUCUCCCUUCCAUGUUUAUUUGCUAUUAGUGUGAAGAAACUGUUGAUAAAAAUGGGCAUUUUAUACGUAUGGCUUAAAAAGGUAAAAAAUGAGGAAAAAGCAAAAAAAAAAAAUCUAGAAGGUAAUUUGUGGGUCUGUGAGAUAUGGCUGUGGAAAGAUAUUGUAGUAGUUUUAACACUAUUGUCAUUACCUUUUAACUCAUUUACCCAAUAAAAAUAAGGAAAAAGAAUCACA